CCCCCCCCCCCCCCCCCGCGGCUUAAAGUUCCUCUUCUUUAGUGAUAUUUCCUGGGGUUUUCUCGUCUCUUUGUGGCCUGCACGAGAUUGCAAUCUACUUUUUCGGUGAAUCGCAGAUCGAGAGAGGAUUUGAGAGUUUGCUUCCCCUGGUUUUGGGGGGAUAACGAUUGCGGAAGUUUGUAGCUUUUUGGUAAAAUUCUAAAUACGCGUUCCAAGUUUGCCGUAGCUCUGAUAUAAUCAUAUAAGAACCUCAUUUUGUCGAUGGACGCUCAGUUUUGCGAUUUAAAUGUCCUUGGAGAUGCUCUUGAUAAGUCAUUAAAUAUCCAAGGUGCUCAGGAGACAGAAUCUGCAUCUGAUGGGCAUGAGGGAGAGGAAGACUUCUGUGAAAAGGCUCAAACAUGCCAAGCUACUUCCUCUAAGCACUUAAUCAAGUGUGAAACCUUUCCAUCAUCAAAUAUGAUGUUGCUUGCUAGUUCUUCAGAUGAGGAAACUGAAAGAGCGUUACAGGGCCUUUUUUCUGAGGAAACCAAGGAUCAAGCAUACUCACGAUCUAUAUCUUUGCCUACUCCUUUGAAGCUUGUAUCUGCUCUGAAAGGUAGCCGUGGGAAAGAAGGGGUUCUGCGGGAGAAACUGACAGUGAAAUGGGCUCCUGAUGUGUAUGACCCAACGCCCACAUCAGUCUCGCACUCCGUCAAAAGCAAGAGCUUGCAGAAGUCUAAGAACAAGAAAAAUGAAAAGAGAAAUGGGAAAAAGGGGCAGAAGGGUAACUGUUCACAAGGAGGCGGUCGCAAAGACAAGAAACAAACUCGCAAAGCCUCCAAAGUUCAUGAUAAAUUUGGGAAUUUUGAAGUUGGCAACUCCAACUCCUAUUGUGGAAGUAGCUUCCGUCAGAAAUCACGAGCUGAGGUGCACUAUUCAGUUGGAGAAGCUUCGUGAGUCACAUUCUUGUUGGAUAUAUAUCCCAUCUUUUGUGACAGUGUGUGGAUAAAUAAGUAUUCGCCUUGUUGGUUUAGUUAGUUUUGAUGGACUAAAAUCUAAGUGGAUGCCACAUGCAAAUUUUUGUUGACGGUAUGUUGAUAAGCCUCAAUGACUUGGUUUGAGAUAUUGUGUGUGAUGAUGCUGCUUUGUAAAUAGCCAGUUUGAUUUCUAAGUUUGUAUUGUCAGUAGAAUUGUAA